UUGCUGCUGUCAGUCUCGAUCCAAAUAAAUAGUAUUGUACCUGUACCAGCGUGCACAGGUUGCCAACGAGUCUACGUUCCAGCUUUUAAGGUCCUGAAGACUGGGACCAACUGAGUGAUUCUGUUUGCGACACAGGCAUCAAAAGCCCCACGGACUGUCCCUGUUUUUUAAGUUUUGAGAUGAAUCUGAACUACAUUUCUCCGGUCCCUCAGAUGCCGGCUCAAAGGUCAACGUCUUUCUUCAUUGAAGAUAUUUUACUACAUAAACCUAAACCUUUACGAGAGGUGUUUCCCUCGCCCUUUUCAAACUCUCUUGCCUCCCGGAUGCCUCUUAUAGAGUAUGGAUAUCCACUCAUGCCUACACCGAUACUGGCUCAUCAUCCGCAUCAUCCGCUACACAAACCCGAACACCAUCCAUACUUUUUCACCUCCGGAAUGCAGAUGCCUGCGUUAUUUCAGCAUCACCCCGAUUUACCAGGGAAGCACUGCAGACGCAGAAAGGCCAGAACAGUGUUCUCAGACUCACAGUUAUCCGGACUGGAGAAAAGGUUCGAGAUCCAGAGAUAUCUGUCCACACCUGAGCGCGUGGAGCUGGCUACUGCGCUCAGUCUAUCGGAAACACAGGUAAAGACGUGGUUUCAGAACCGGAGGAUGAAGCAUAAAAAGCAACUGAGGAAAACACAAGACGAUCAGAAAAACCCAAAUGAUGCAGACAGAUCGCUGGAGAACACGAGCGAGAGCGAAAUGCACGAGAAAAGUACAGACGGUAAAAACGGCAUGAGCCCGGACAGAUACACGCUGGACGACAAUGAAGAUGAUGUCGAUAUUGAAGAUGACAUUUGCUCUCCUGAACAUUUACUCUAGUAUCAUCACCCCAUGAACAAUUAUUUUUUAUUUUUUUUUAUUUUUUUGCGAGAGAGCAUUGGUCUACUGUUAUACUGUUCAGGCGCUUAAGAAAAUUCUGGACAGCUGAAGGACUUUAAAUGACACGUGUCUAUUCCACAUUAUUAUUAAUA